AUGGCUGGCUCAACGUGUCAAUAUAACGAUGUCGAUGGCGGCACCAACCACGCCAGCGAGGCGCCGAACCUCGGCAUGCGUGUAUCAUUGUUCAGAAGCAAAUUCGUUCUUCGAGCUGAACGGAUUCAUGGUCGGAUUCCAGCCAUCAAGAAAAUACCACUAUCGGCCAUUGGGAUGAUCUCAUUGAUAGCUCUGAUUAACAUGUUGGUCUGGGCUGUUUGUGGUGUUGUGUUGCAUUUUUAUCCAUCGUUGAUAUCCACGGCCGCAAUAUCAUAUUCAUUAGGUUUGCGCCAUGCCCUUGAUGCAGACCAUAUCUCUGCAAUCGAUCUAAUGACUCGCCGACUACUCGCAAGCGGUCAAAAGCCAGUCACCGUAGGAACAUUCUUCUCUCUCGGCCAUUCCACAAUCGUCAUCAUAACCUCCAUCGUAGUCGCAGCAACAGCAGCAGCAGUAUCAACCCGAUUCGGUGGUUUCAGCACCGUCGGCGGGAUUAUAGGUACAUCCGUCAGCGCCGCGUUUCUGAUCCUGUUGGGAAUCAUGAAUGCGUAUAUUCUGUACAAACUUGUCCAGCAGAUGCGCAAAGUGCUUCGAUUUUACCGACGACGACAGCGUGCAAACGAGCUUUCGGAUGAUGUGCAAGUAAAUGAGGAGGAAAUCGAUAUAUGGAAGAUUGAAGGAGGUGGAUUCUUGUUUGCGGUUCUCAAGAAGAUGUUUGUUCUUAUUGAUAGACCGUGGAAGAUGUAUCCCCUUGGAAUUCUGUUUGGACUAGGAUUUGAUACCUCGUCCGAAAUUGCUUUGUUGGGCAUUUCGUCCAUUGAAGCCACUCGGCACAGCAAUUUUUGGGUUAUCCUGAUUUUUCCUCUUUUGUUUACUGCGGGAAUGUGUCUUAUCGAUACAACAGAUGGCGCAUUGAUGCUAUCCCUAUACCUCCAACCAGCCAAAAACUUCCUCCCGCCCACAAAAGUAAGAGAAGAAAGAGACCCAGAAGCCAAUACAGAGACAACCCGACUUGCAACCCCCGAAGAUGACAACGCAGACCAACCCAGAACAACAAUCAUUGCCGGCACUGAAUCCAAUAACCGCGACCCCAUAGCAUUCCUCUACUACUCCAUCGUCCUCACAGCUCUAACCAUCAUAGUAGCCCUGGUAAUUGGUACGAUCCAAGUACUCAAUCUUGUGCUGAAUGUCACGGAGGCCACGGGCCGGUUCUGGGACGGAGUGCAGACUGCGAGUGAUUACUAUGAUGCAAUUGGUGGUGGUAUCUGUGGCUGUUUUGUAGUUGUGGGAUUAUCGAGUGUGGCUUGCUAUAAGCCGUGGAGGAGGUGGGUUGGUGUUGAUGUUGAUGGCAGUCGUGCACUGGACAGCCAAGAAGAAGAUGUUCAGAGGCAAGAAGGAGAUGGCACUGGGAGCGGAUUUAGAGUUGAGCCUGAUCAAGGAACAUCUGCACCUGUGGUCGUGAUUCAACCAGAUAUAAAGGCGAACCAUUCUUAG